AAUAAUGUAGGCUUUUAGAACUAAGUACUGGGGAGCUGGGAAAACCCAGGGUGAAGACUCUAAGUGUAACUCCAACUUGAUCCCUCUGUUCCACUUACAACUAGACUCUAGUGGAUCUGCUGGAUCACGGAGAUUGUGUGUGAUGCUGUCCAUGUCACUGGAGAGGAGCUCUUCACAAGUGGCCUUGCUCCAUGUGCUCAUUCACUGAUGUCCAGCUUGUUCCUUCGCGAUCCUACUCAGCAAAGUGCUCAAGGCUUGCAGCAGUGACUGAAGUCAGAAGGGGCUGACUUCUGAAGAUUCCAGGCAGGAUGAAAGACCGUUUAAGUGAGCUGCGUGAAUUUGCCAGGUUACACAACCAACAGUUUUCUGAUAGUGAUGAUGAUGAAAAUUCACCCCAGGACAUUCUCCUUUAUGAGACAGACUAUGCCUUGGAAAUCCUUCAUAAGGACAUACAGAGCAUCCGGACAGAAAAUGACCACCUGAAAGCGGAUGUUAACCGUCUCAGAAAGCAAAACAGCCGCUUCCUUACUUCCAUGCGCCGUCUUAGUAGCAUCAAACGAGAUACUAAUUGUAUUGCCAGAGACAUUAAGAGCCGUGGAGAAAGCAUCCACAGGAAACUGCAGGUAAUGAGAGAUUUCUGUGAAGAUGCAGUAACAAAAUACGGAGCUAUGUCUGUCAUUGCCAGGGUGGCGAAGAACCACUACGUUGACCUCAUGCACACAUUUCAGGACGCUAUGUUUGAUUACAAUGCAACAGAGAUGAACCAGCGAGAGAACUGCAAGAUUCGAAUUCAGCGGCAGCUGGAGAUCAUGGGCAAAGACGUUUCUGGCCAUCAGAUUGAGGAGAUGAUUGAGCAAGGCAAAUGGGAUGUCUUCUCAGAGAAUCUCUUGUCGGAUGUUAAGGGAGCUCGCGCAGCCUUGAAUGAGAUAGAGACGCGGCACAAGGAGCUGGUGAAGCUAGAAGGCCGCAUUAAGGAAGUUCACGAGCUCUUUCUGCAGGUGGCCCUGCUGGUGGAGGAACAGGCAGACACCUUUGAUGUUAUUGAGAUAAAUAUGCAAAAUGUUGAGGAUUAUGUAGGAGAUGCUAAAGACCAAGUGAAAAAAGCUUUGGAAUACAGGAGAAAACAUCCCCUCAGAACAAUCCUCUGCUGUUGCAUAUCAUGUUGCAGAAGGUGAUAGUCCCACUGGAGCUAUCACAGACUGACUUCAAUGUCUUCAAAAUCAGCUGUUCUUUCCAGAGACUUUUUUGUAAUGACAAACCCUAGAAAAAGAGGGGGUAUUUUAUAUUUUGCGGUUGGUUUUGUUCAUUGCCUGUUUACUAAAUGUGCUGAAGGCUGUUUGUAUUUAUAAACUCCUAGAAAUGUUGAUACAAUUAUUUUUAAUAUAAUUUUUAUUGAAAGGUCCUGUUACUGUAACUAGAGGUGCAAUAUCUCUACAGUGAUACUUGCUUCAUAUAGGCAAGAAAGAAGAAUUAAUAACUUAUCCUAGGAAGGACGAAUACUUUUAAGAAGAAACUUUAUUCUUAUUUGUUGAAGUGAGGCUGCAGGUGAUGAAGUCAUAUUGCCUGGGGCAACACAGUACACAGAAUCAGAAAGUUUCAGUUUUAACUAGUUUGGAGCCUGUUUGAUACAAAUUUGGCAAAAUACUGUGCCUGGAGCAAGAGCAGGACACAGAACUAGUUUCUCUUUCAACUUGAUUUUCAGCUGUCUUAACAGAAGUGGCUGCACCUUAAAUGAUAAUAUUCAGAUUUUGCUCUAUUUGUGUGCAAGUGACUGCUUUUUUCCAUUUUGAGUACCCAGCUCUCUCAAGGUGGCUAAAAGCACUGCAACACUGAGGCGUCUCAUUCACUUUUAACUUGAGCCACUCUCGACUCUGCCAUGCUUUCAUGUUCUGAUGCAUUUUUCUGCCAAUUAACACUUCAGCCAGAGGCGAAACAUGGAGUAGCCUUCUGCAGAAACACGUAUAAGAAGACAACAGCUGUGGCAUUGAGAAAGCUUUUUAGGAUCUCCUGUACUGGCACAUACAUAGAAGCAGUUUUAGUGGAAUGACUGGCCUGUGUCUUGGUUUGAAAAGACAGGAGUCUGUGAAGGAAGGCAAAAGCCUCCUGUGAAAUGGAAAAGGUAAACCCCCUCCUUCCGAAUUAUCACAAUUUCAGAAUUAAAAGGGCUCUCAGGCAAAGAUAUGAGAAUGGGAAAAACAGUUUUUUACUAGGAAGAAAAAAACUAAAUAACAAUGUAAUUUAGCACAAGCAAAAAACCACUGGCAGAGUGAGAAAAACCUGACACCCUGAGAAGUCAGGGUGUUGAUAGUAGUCCAGCCAGAUGGUGGCUGCUCCUCCUGGAGCGGCGAUCUGCAGAAGGGUGUAGAUCCUUUCUGAAAAUGCGGCGAAGGAGCAGCUGGGCCUUGGUUCCUGAUUCCUCUGGGAAAUCCAGCGAAGAAGGCUAUCUGUGGUCUCAGAAAUGCUUGUUUUAUGGUGGCAGGGAUGCUUGGCUUCUCCCUCUGGGCGGAGCAUCUCCCAAUGGGAUGAUGUAACUAAUCUUACCAGCCACAGUGAGUAAUUCAAUAGCCCAUUAGCAGGAGAUUAUCUUCCUGGCAGUGUCAUUGUUCUUGAAAGAGAUAAGAAAAACUGCCUAACCCCCAACAGAUGGCAAAAAUAGAAUACAUGCUUAUUUUACAAGCCAGGACAGCCUGUCAGUACACUUUUAUUUUUUUAUAAGCAUUGACCAAAUAUGGAUUUUUUAAUAUCUAUUUUAAAUAAGAUGAAGGAUUAAACUUUUUUUAAUAUGCAAUUUUACUUGUGUACAAAGAUUUUGACUCUUCACCAAUUGUUGGGAAAUCUCCACCUGGGAAAGCAAACAGAACUAUUUCUUCAGUACACCUGAGGAAAAAAGAAAACAGUUUCAUGCCAUUUCAGUGUUCUUUUCAAGCUUAAAAGGAAACUCUUCUUUUGUGGGAGUCUGCCCUUACACAAGGGCAAACCAGUAGGUUUGGAAUAUUGCAAGGAAAUAAAAAAUGUUCAGUCUUGGUAAGCACUGAGCAUUGUCAGUGGAACAUAUUCACAAGGUCUGGUGAUUGAUCACAGCUCCUGCUUCUGGAGGUUUUCCAACUAUAUUUCUAGGUGGCUUCCUGAUACACUGUGAUCUAUUGAUAUCCUUUGAAAUAAUGCAGGACAUUUUUUCAGAAUUUUUUUAAACUAAUGGUCCUAUUUGUACCAAUUUUAAUAAAUAUAUUUCAACAUUUCAAAUAUUUUGUAUUUGGGAGUUUUCCUCAGAUGUGCAUAAAUGUACACCUUCCUGCACUAGUUGCAGUGAAACUUCUCCCUUCUUACCUUUUGCACCCUGAUUUUUUCUGUGAAGAGAAACCCCAAACAUUUCUUACUAUUUGUAUUAAUAUAACAAAACAGCAAAAUAAAUCCACUUCCAAGCUUUCAUAUCUUACUUGGAAACAAUUUUAGCCAGACAGACUUUUUUAUACAAAUAGAAACUAAAGGGACAGCUUUUCACAGAAAGCGAUUGUCCCUUUUGCUGUAGCACCUGUCUCUGAUAACAUGGAAGAGUGAGAAACACCGAUCUCCUGAACUAUAAGAGAUUUUGAUAUUCAUUGGUGUACUGGUGCUAUCAGUAUUGUGCUUGUCUGAGGAUGUCUCCAGUGAGGUGUUCAAACUUGAAGGGCGAGAAAGGAGGGUGAUGAGCUGGGACCACAGCCAGUGGCUUUGGUGCUACUCAAGAAGACAAAGUUGUUUACUCUGUAGGUACUGCCACUGAGGCAGUGGAACUGUGCAUUCCUCUGAGAGUCAGCAUGUGGGGAUAAAUCAUGAAGAAUGAAAUACUGUAUUUCCUUUCACAUGCCUAUUCCUAGCACUUGCCAAUGUUUUUGAUAAAAAAUAUGUACUUUUUUU